GGGCAUCACGUGCUGGGGAGGCGGCCCCGGGGGAAGUCUCGCGAAUGCAGCGGGGGAGGGGCGUGGGAGAGGCCUACGUGGGUGGGAUUUCUGUACAGAUAUUUAGCGCGGCCCAGAGUUACUUAGUCUAUGGUCAGGAGCGCGUCAUCCUGUUAGUGGUCUGUGACACUCCGCUGCCUGUGACUCUCGCUUUGCCGGGUGCAGCCAGCCAGACGCCCCUUUCUAACUGUAGGUUCUGGAGAUAAGGCACUAAAAUGGCUUCUGUUGCAGUUGAUCCACAACAGAAUGUGGUAACUAGAGUGGCCAACCUUCCCUUGGUGAGUUCAACUUAUGACUUGGUGUCAUCUGCUUACAUCAGCACAAAAGAUCACUAUCCAUACCUCAAGUCAGUGUGUGAGAUAGCAGAGAAGGGAAUGAAGACCAUCACUUCAGUGGCAGUGACCAGUGCUUUGCCCAUUAUCCAGAAAUUAGAACCUCAAAUUGCAGUUGCCAACAACUAUGCUUGUCUAGGAUUGGAUAGAAUUGAAGAACGACUGCCCAUUUUGAAUCAGCCAACAGAUAAGGUUGUUGCCAAUGCCAAGGGUGCGGUGUUUGGUGCAAAGGAUGUUGUGACGACGACCGUGACCAGUGCCAAGGAUUCUGUGACUCACACUAUUAGUGGAGUUGUAGGCAGAACAAAAGGAGCAGUUAACGACAGUGUGGAAAUGACUAAGUCUGUGGUGAAUGGCAGUAUCAACACUGUAUUGGGAAGUCGCAUGGUACAGAUGGUGAGCAGUGGAGUUGAAAAUGCGCUUAGCAAGUCGGAGUUACUUGUGGAUCAGUAUCUUCCACUCACUGAAGAGGAACUAGAAAAAGAAGCAAAGAAAGUUGAAGGGUUCGAUGUGGUUCAGAAACCAAGUUACUAUGUUCGUUUGGGAUCUUUGUCCUCCAAACUCCGCUCACGCGCCUACCAGCAGGCUUUAAGCAGGGUUAAUGAAGCCAAACACAAAGGCCAAGAGACCAUUUCUCAGCUGCAUUCCACUAUGAACCUGAUAGAGUUUGCCAGGAAGAAUGUUGAUAGUGCCAACCAAAAACUACAGGAUGCCCAGGAUAAGCUAUAUCUCUCAUGGCUGGAAUGGAAGAGGAGUAUAGGCCAUGAUGACAGUGAUGAAUCACACUGUGCUGAGCAUAUUGAAUCCCAGACUCUAGCUAUAGCUCGGAACCUGACGCAGCAGCUCCAGACCACCUGCCUUACUCUUAUGUCCAAUAUCCAGGGGCUACCCCAGAAUAUUCAAGACCAAGCCCACCAUGUUGGAUCAAUGGCUGGUGAAGUCUACUCAGUAUUUCGAAAUGCCACUUCCUUUAAGGAAGUAUCGGAUGGUCUCCUCAGUUCCAGCAAAGGGCAGCUGCAGAAAAUGAAGGAGUCUUUAGAUGACGUGGUGGAUUAUCUUGUUAACAACACUCCUCUCAACUGGCUGGUGCCAGAUUUUACCAUCACCGACUUGUCUUCUGAAACUUAUGAAAUUCCAGACAUUUUAGGUCUGGAUGAGGAGGAUGAAGCUGAUUAUUCACGAUUUAAUGGAUCUGUUAACCUGAGUCAGAAUAAUGAAUGAAGAGCAACAAAUUGAUCUCAAAUGUACCAUUUUACCUUGUUACAUUACAUGUUUUCUCCACGUAUUUAUAUAGUUUUAGGGAAUGGUAGUAAAUUUAUUUUAAUUUUAUUGAUUCCUUAUUUCAUUCCCCAGAGCAACCGUUACAAACUUUUUCUUCUUUAUUCAAGUCCCCCAGUGCACUCCUGUCCUCCAUGCUUAUAACACACCGAGAAAACAGACUGAUUGCAUGUUUCCCUAUCCCUCCACUUUUCAAAAUUACAUGUCUCUCUGUUCCCAAUCUCGCUCAUUUCUGUGCUCGUGUUCUAGGAAUUUUCCUCUCUCUAAAUACAUCUCCCCCUCUUUCUCUCUACUUCUUUUCUAUUUGCUUACAGACAUUGGUCAAAUUUCCCACAUCCUAAGAAUAUCCUCUGUUGAUACUCCUGUCUCAGAUAGCUACAGCUCGGCUUCCUUCUCCCUUAGGCUUCUUGAAAAGUUGUCUUUUGCCUAAUAUAACCACUCUCUUCAUUACUUCCCUCAUUAACCCCAUUUAGCUUAUCGAAUGGAACACCUCUCAAAAGAUACAAAUCAGUCAACCACCAAGCCUCUAUUAAUCUCUUAUGAUGAGCCAGACAUUGCUAAGUGUUGUGGGUACAAAUACAAUGAAAGAAACAAUCCUUACUUGAAAGGAUUCCUACUUAACCCAUGGCCUUUUUAUUUUAUUGUUUUAAAAUUAUAUAUAUUUUUCAAUCUCCAACAUUUCUUCCCCUCUCACACUAAACCCCACUGGGGUGAAGAGGGUGGGGUUCAAACAGAAAACAAAACCCUUGUAACAAAUAAGCAAAGGCAAGCAAAAAUAAAUUUUCCUACUUGCCAUGUCGAAGAAUGUCUCAUUCUGUGUCUUCACUGCUCUGUUAGGAGUCAGUUAGCAUUCUUCACCAUCAGUCGAUUGGAAUCAUGAUGUGUCACUACGUUGUUCAGUGUUCUUGAGUCUCAAGGUCCUCUUUUGAGUCUCUGCAUGGGGCAUUUGCUACUAUUGACGACCUUUCUUCUUUAGGAUCCUAUCUCAUCCUUGGGCUUCUGAGACAGUCUUUGUCCUUCUACCUCUUUAACCUCCCCUUCUCUGUCUCCUCUACCCUUAAUUGAAUUGUUUAAUUUGUUCUAAAAAACACUGGAAAUCUGAUUUUUUUUCCUCUAUUGUAUGUGUAAGGAAUUCUGGUUGUGAAGGCUAUUAAUCUAGCUUGAUAAUCACUGAAAAGGUUGAAAUAAAGUUUGAGCACUGCUA